AUUAAUGUUUAGUUUGUGUGGAAAUGAAAAAAGUGACAAGAAGUGAAGAGAAUGCGGGUUGUUUGUUGUUCCAAUUCAGGCGUGAGUGCUUUCCCUAGUUGUCUUAGAUUCCCUCCACUGAUCGCAAUUUCAACAACACCCUCUUCGAUCCGCUUUCUAAAUUCUCCACCCCUCCGUUCCACUGCUUCGUCGCAACACGUUACAAUAAUGGCUUCGAAGAAUUCUCAACAAGACACGCGCUUAGCGAGAAUCGCCUCUGCAAUCCGAGUCAUCCCCGACUUUCCUAAGCCAGGAAUUUUGUUUCAGGACAUAACCACGCUGCUUCUUGAUACAAAGGCUUUCAAAGACACCAUUGACUUGUUUGUUGAGAGGUACAGAGAUCAAAACAUCAAUGUUGUCGCAGGAGUUGAAGCUAGAGGCUUUAUAUUUGGUCCACCCAUUGCAUUAGCUAUUGGAGCAAAAUUUGUCCCCAUGAGGAAACCCAAUAAAUUGCCUGGGGAGGUUAUCUCAGAAGAGUAUUCUUUGGAGUAUGGAACAGACAAAAUGGAGAUGCAUGUAGGGGCUGUACAACCUGGAGAACGAGCCUUAAUCAUAGAUGAUCUUAUUGCCACUGGGGGAACGUUAGGUGCUGCAAUUAAGCUUCUAGAACGUGUUGGGGUGCAUGUUGUGGAGUGUGCUUGUGUGAUUGAAUUGCCAGAGUUAAAGGGGCGGGAAAGGUUGGGAGACAAGUCGCUAUUUGUCUUGAUUAAUGGGGGAGCCUGAUCUUUUUUCCAAGUGAUUGUGUUUUUAUUAGCUGGCUCUUGUUAGGAGCUUUAUUGAUGACUGCUUAGAUUUCCUUAAGAUAUAUUUUGAUGCUGCGGAAACGGAAAGCGUGCUUUGUUUGAGCGCGCUCAGUUCUGCUCAAUUAUUAUUAUUAUUAUUAUCUUCUGUGAAUCCCGUUUGGUAAUGACGAUUGAGAGAACGAUGUCUAUAAUAUAGGACUUGCUUGCCACUUGGCUGCGGAACAUCCUAAGGGGCUAAGGUUUACUUAAAGGAACGGAACUCCAUCUGAUGCUCAA